AUGCUGAAGCAAGCAAUCAAGCUCAGCGAUAAGUGCUCGGUCGACUACGCCGUCAACCGACUCACCGACGAGUACAGUGAACGUAAGCUCACCGGCAAAUACGACAAGUUCUUCAAGAACGCUGUACUCAUCGGUGAGUCGGUUGACAGCGCAGUCGACCGAGCACUUAUCGCUGAGCUUGAUUGCUUGCUUCAGCAUCUCGUAAGAGAGUGA